AUUCCGUCAAGAUGGCCCCGGUCUCCGUGUUCCGAGUGGCACUUCUCGUGUCGUUUUCAGUUUUCCUGACAGUUGUGUUGGGUUUUGGACUGCCUGCUCUACUGAACGCAGCGAUGACGAUGUUGGGGUUACCGGAGACGAGUGUUACCGAGUGCAUAGUCUUGCUGUAUUUAGUUUUUGUGUUGUGUGUUGCGACACCCCGAAUUCCCCGAGGAUUGGUGGAGGUGAAGGGGAAAGCUGUGUUUAUCACAGGUUGCGACAGUGGAUUUGGCCAUGCACUUGCCAAACAUCUGCACAAGCUGGGCUUCACUGUCUUUGCUGGAUGUCUUCUGAAGGAUAAAGGUGGAGAGGGGGCAAAGGAGCUGGAGGAAUUUCAUUCAGAUCGCAUGAAGGUAGUCCAGCUGGAUGUCUGCAGUGAGGAGCAGGUGAACCAGGCUGCGCAAUAUAUCAAAGACAACCUAGAGGACUCUGAAAGAGGUCUGUGGGCUGUGGUGAACAACGCCAGUGUGUCAAUGUUUGGAGAAGUGGAGUUUACCUCCAUGGAUUCCUACAAACAGGUCUCAGAGGUCAACCUGUGGGGCACCAUCAGGAUCACCAAAGCUGUUCUACCAUUAAUCCGCAGGGCCAAAGGCCGUGUUGUCAACGUGGCCAGCAUGUAUGGGAGGAUUGGAAAUGUCUUGCGGUCCCCUUACUGUGUAUCUAAAUACGGUGUGGAAGCUUUUUCUGACUGCCUACGUUAUGAGAUGAAGGCUUGGGGAGUAAAAGUGUCCAUAAUCGAACCGGGGAACUUCAUUGCGGCCACCAGCAUCCUGACCCGUGACAGUGUGGCCAGCAUGGCUAACAAGCUGUGGAAUGAGGCACCCUCGAAUGUGAAGGAGGAUUAUGGGAAAGCCCACUUUGAGCGACACAUGGCUCUGAUGCGCUCUUAUUGCAGCUGCGGACACAAGGACGUGGCCCCUGUUAUGGAUGACAUCACCGACGCCAUCAUGUCCAGGCGUCCUUACACGCGAUACAACCCCAUGGAGCCACACUGGUGGAUCAGAAUGCAGCUGGUGACCCACUUGCCUGGCGCCAUAUCCGACUUACUUUAUUUCUAAAAGAGGUGUUCCUGUGUUAGCUCCCUCCCUUUCAUACUCAGAUCACAGAUAGCUGAAUAUUUUUCAACUAUAUAGUGCUACGCAGAUCUACAGACUUAUCCUGAAGAGGGCUUUCUGCUAUGUAUUCCUGAGCACUUGAAGGCAUUCACUGAUCAAGCCUUGAAACUUAAUGGUUUUUUAAACUGUAAGUAAAUUAUUGCACUUUGCUUUUUGUAUAUCUUACGAAAACCACAACUUUAUCUAUACAGAUAUAUUCCGUGAUAAGUAGUAACUACUUUGUGUUGGAUAUCAGCAGGGCUAUGACAUACUCGUACCUAUAAACACUGCAUCUUUAUUGCUUGCUGUGGUAUUAUCUUUACAAAAAAGUUCUUGUUUGUCCCUUCUAUAUAUAUUUCUAUAUAUAUUUUUUCCCAUGAUACCUUUUAUGCCUUAUUGGAAUCUUCUGGGGCCCUGCUUGCAUGAGGACCAAAGCUGGUAGAGCUCAAGAGAAGGCUCCUGCUGUUCUGUUGUGGCUGCUGCCGGAACAAACCAAGGUCUGCUACUGUAAGACUGUGGUGAGAUUUGGCUCGAUUCACCCCAAAGUUACAUAACAACAACACAAGCCCACUUUGUCUCACAUGCUCCAUUAGACCCUGCGUGCUACUUGGACAGUGGGGUUGAUUGAUGUGAUUAAUGGGCAUGCUUGAACAAAAAGCUUGUCCGUCCGCCCCCCCUCCUCCUUGGUGGAGAAGUAUUUUGUAUUUAGAAUGAUGUGAAUGAAUAGAGCAUUUUAUUUUGACAAUAUAACAAUCAAAGUAUCAUUUUUCAAGAAUGAUUUGAAAUAAAGUAACCAAAAUAUGAUUUGUGUUUUGUUGAAGGUCUCAUUUGAGAUUGGGCUGGGUGGCGCCAGCAAAUGUAAUGAUAUAAGUUGCCACCAGGUGGUGCACAAGCAUCAUAUAAACCUACUAUUGCUACUAUAUGCAUGAAUCAUCUGCUGUCUAUCAGAGAAUGUUAAAUACUAAGUAUAGAAGAAGAAAAAAUGAAAUUGGAAGUACCAACAUUUAACAAUUCCUUCUGAACGCAUUCAAACAUUGUGACAUAAAAAGAACAGACAUCAUUUUUAUGUUGUUUAUUACGUCUUUUGAACACUCUAAUAAACUCUUCUAAAUUAUUACACCUGAAGACAAUCUCCCCUCCAUAAGAACAGUAUUAAGAGCAUGACAUUAAAAUUUCACAGC